CACGCUUUGCAUCUACAAGAGCGGAUUUUAAAAAAAUUAAAAAACAAAUCAAGGGGGCAAUUGUUGACACCUGUGUGCCGAGACUUUCAUCCGUCAGGAUGAAGACCAUCACUGUUUGCCUGCUUCUCGCAUGUGUCGGAUUGACAGCAGCAUUGACGAGGAAACAGGAGGCGGCGGAGCAGGGCAGGCGCAAGAUCGGUUAUCGCAGGCCGCAGACGACAGCAGCACCGGUGGCCGCUGAGGACGACGAGGAGUACGAGGAGGUUGAUCUUCCCGAGGAGUGCCCAGAGCCAAACGGCUUCUUCCCGGAUAGCAAGCAGUGUGACAAAUACUACGACUGCAGGGACGGAAAGUUCACGGCUAAACUGUGUCCGGAUGGCCUCGUCUUCAAUGAUUUCAGUCCUCAGCAUGAGAAGUGCGAUCUUCCGUUCGGAAUCGAUUGCAGUAAACGACCGGAGAGACAGUCCCCCCAGCCCUCACCCCACUGUCCCCGAAUGCACGGUUACUUCGCCCACGAGACCCUAAGUAUCUGCGACACCUUCUACUACUGCGUCGAGGGUAAAUUCAACAUGAUAACAUGCCCCGACGGCCUCGUAUUCUCGGAAAAAACCGGAAUCUGUAACUGGCCGGACGAAGCCCAGAAGAAGGGCUGCGGCUCCAAAGAGCUCUUCAACUUCACCUGCCCCAAGGUCGACGAGACAGUGGCAGCGACCCACCCACGUUACCCAGACAGCGAGGACUGCCAGUACUUCUAUGUCUGCGUUAAUGGGGAAAUUCCGAGGAGAAAUGGUUGCAAAAUUGGUCAGGCGUUCGACGAACGCACUGGCAAGUGCGAUUGGGCGAGAAAAAUUCCUGAGUGCAAAGACUGGUACAAAGGCCAAUUGACUGACGCUGAAUUGGAUGCCCUAGAGAAUCCCCCACCAAAACCAAAACCAACGGGUGGUCCCAGCAGGCGAAAAAGCUCGAGACCCACGAAAACUCCCGCCUAAACUCCAAUGACUACUAACGACUAGAGAUAUCUAUUAUUUAAAAUUCUAUACACACUAUUUUCUA